UUUUAGCUGACGCGAGUUUGUUGUCACAUAACACCGCUGGCCUGGACAGGAGACGGACACCUCCUCGCGAUCUAUAUUUAGAUGUCUGACCCAUACAAACAAAUACUUCCCAAACCCUCGAAGAAAAGACAAAAUCAUCGCAGGAGCUGAAACGGCUAUGGCCUCGGUGAAAAGCGACAACAGGCUGACAAGUUCUCAAAGCUUUGUGUGCGUCGGAGUUGCAGGUUUUUUCAGCAAAACUGUCACGUCUCCCUUGGAAGUGGUGAAAAUUAAAAGCCAGGUGGGCACUUUUCACAGCAAGAACGGCUUCUGGCAAAGUUUUCUAGUCAUCUACCAGAAUGAGGGAUUUCGAGCAUUUUGGAAAGGAAAUCUUGCUUCGUGCCUCCGGUUGUUUCCAUACACAGCAGUUCAUCUCACAACAUACAAAAAAAUAGUCCACCUUCACAUGGAUGAAUUGGGCUUCAUCUCUCAGUGGAGGGCCAUAUUUGCCGGUGGAUUGGCAGGUGUUGCUGCAGCCCUGGUCACAUACCCUCUGGAGGUGGCAGAGACCAGACUCAUCAUUCAGAACUGCAGGCAACCCACUUAUGUCGGUGUCGCUCAUACUCUCUCAAAGAUUUACAGAAAUGAAGGGCUGCAUGCGCUCUACAGGGGUUUCUCCCUCACUGUCUUGGGUGCAUUUCCUUUUUCUGUGGGAUGCUAUGCAGUCUACAUGAAUUUGGACAAGCUGUGGCAGGAGCCUCCAGUUCGCUUCACUUUCCUACAGAACUUCAUUAACGGCUGUAUUGCAGCAGGAGUGGCUCAAACCCUCUCAUACCCUUUUGAAACUGUGAAACGAAAAAUGCAAGCGCAGAGUGCCCGUCUGCCACAUUUUGGUGGAGUUGACGUCCAUUUCUCUGGAAUGAUUGACUGUUUCAUACAGGUUGUUAAAAACAAGGGCAUCUUGUCUCUGUGGAACGGCCUCACUGCUAACACAGUAAAGAUCGUUCCCUACUUUGGCCUUCUUUUCAUCUGCUGUGAGAUGUGUAAGCAGGUUUGCCUUUACCGCAAUGGCUACACCAUAUCACCUCUCAGCAACAAACCCACACCAGGAGUCGACCAAAGCCUCGGGCCGUAUGAGUUGCAGGAGGUCAAGCGCUACUUGAAAAACAGGAACUUUGGUUCAGGGGAGUCAUCUCUGGGAAAUCGCUGGUGAAGCUUUACAUUCCAGGCAUUAAACAUGUUUGGUUAAAUAAAAAAAAGACUGCUGACCACACUUCUCCAGCAAAAGACUAAGACAGUACAUAAAAACAAAUGAUAUCAUGUCAUCCACAGACUUUUUGUCUCUUUCAGAACAAUAGCAUUUUAUUGGACAUUGUUACUUAUUCAUGAAUUGCUACUUCACCGCAUGACUGACAGCUUUUAUUGAAUAACAGGUGCCUUCAGCAGUUUGUUUAUUUUGGGGCUUAAUGUGGUUAUUGCUGCAUUAACGUCAAGUAGUGCCUUAGAUUGUUCACAUAAGGAAGGUGGUAAAAUGCUCUCAGUUUGGAGAUUGUGCAACUUUUUUUUGUGUGUGUGUAAAAUGAAUGUAAGAUUUUGAUGCUUCAUUAGUUGGAGUUGGUAACAGACUAUUGUGUAAACGUGCUUAUGUACUGCAGGUGUAUAAAACUACCACCACCAUGAAUGUUCUUUUCACUUGAUUAUAUUCAUUUACUAGUAAGUUUUCAGAUUCAGAUUUGUAAUAUAAAAUUUAAUUAACCAUUUAAUUAACUACCUUUAAAUUUUAAGAAAAGAGUUGAUUGAUCAUUGGUGUGAAUAUGACAACCUACUUGAUAUAGGCCACUGCAUGAGUAAUGUCAAGUAUAGUUUGAUGCUAAUAGUUUUCCAUUUGAUUUUUUUAAUCAUUAUGAGUUGAUUAUUUCUGCACGUUGCCUAUUCUAUUUUAGGGUCUGAGUACUUACUCCACCACUGAUUGUAUUAGUGUAGUAUUUCUAUGUCAAGUAGUACUUUGAGGUAAUGGACCACAAGCUGGAGGAGCUGCUGAGGCAGGUUUUGCAUAGAAUCAGUCAGCUGACUGACUGUGUCCUUCCCACUGUGGGAAAUAGUGACAGCCAAAGGAAGUCAACAGAUGGGGUGACCUUUAUCCACCACAGGCUUCAGGCCUCAGCUGCUUCAGUCUGACAGUGGACUCGACCUUGAACUUCAAAAAACUCUGCUCAACAGUAACACCUGAGUUCUGCUUAAACGAAAAUAACAUACAGCUUCAACCAAGUUCAGUGGAAGCUAAAUUCUAAAUUCUCCCUUUUGUGGAGAAAAAAAUGAAAGAAAACAGUCUGC